AUGCCUAUGACUUGGGAUGCUGACGCCGAUGCCAAGCUAUUCGCAGCUGUGCUUGCAACAUCUGAGGUGAAAAUCAAUAAUGGAGCCGUUGCGGAAAUGAUGGGUCCAGACUGUACGGCAAAGGCCAUCAUUCACCGUAUCGCAAAAAUCAAAGACAUCGCCCGCAGCCUUAGUGAUGGUAGCAGCACGUCAACGACUCCGACCAAGUCUCCUGCCAAGCGAGCCAGAGGAAAGGGCAAAGCGGCCGACGAUGACAAUGAGGCUGGAAAUCCAACUGUGAAGAAAACCAAGACAGCGACUCCACAGGCGAAGGCGAAGGCAAGAGCUCCAGCCGGCUUGAAGGCUGAACCCAUCGAGGGCAGAAUUGUCAAGAAGGAGGAUACACCCGAUGACAGUCAAGAUGGCAAGGAUGAGUCCAGUGACUAG